GCGAUUCAACACACGCCGGGCCAGAGCGCUUUGUCUGAGUUGGAGCGAAGUUGUAGGGUUUUCAGACCGGAGUCAGCGAUCGCGGCUGAGGAGUCUGCAGCCGAGCGGAGGAGACCGGGAGGAGGAGACAGGGAGGAGGAAUCGCCGGGGAAGGACCCGCCGCGGAGGCUGCCGCCACCCGCCACCCCGCACCCCAGCACCCACCCCGCCACCCGCCACCCGCCACCCCCGCCCUGGAUGGCUCGGGAGGACGCGCCGGGAAAGCCGCGGAGGAGGAGGUGACGCUCGGAUCCCGCCGGCCCCGCGGACGGACAGACAGACCGCCCGCCAGCCCAGCCCUAGGCGAGCCGAGCGCCCGACUCCAUGCCCACCGCCCCGGGAAGGCGUGCCACGGUGUGUAUCCCACGAAAGUUUGCGGGCGGUGCCUUGCUGCGGGGCUAUCUCAGAGCCGCCUCCAAGCUGCAAGUGCCAGAUGUAGCUUCUUCGCUGUAAGUUGCCGCCAAAGGGAAGUUGGGGGGAAUUGCUUUGCCGCGGUGACACUCGCGUGGCGGUGAAAGGAGCCCCUUCCCUCCCCAGAUACCGAUCGAUCGGUGUGUGCCAAAUGAAUGCCAACAUGCACUCCAGACUCGUGUUUGCGCUCCUGGUGGUGUCCUUCCACCCCCAGGUGCUGGGCAAGAACCUCAAGUACAGGAUGUAUGAGGAGCAGAGGGUCGGGUCCGUGAUCGCGAGGCUGUCGGAGGAUGUGGCCGAUGUGCUCGCCAAGCUGCCGUACCCUUACGUGCGCUUCCGAGCCAUGCAGAGGGGCAACUCGCCUCUGCUGGUGGUGAACGAGGACACCGGGGAGAUCAGCAUAGGGGCCAAGAUUGACCGCGAGCAGCUGUGCCAGAAAAACUUGAACUGCUCCAUAGAGUUCGAUGUGAUCACCCUGCCCACCGAGCACCUGCAGCUCUUCCACAUCGAGGUGGAGGUGCUGGACAUUAAUGACAACGCCCCCCAGUUCUCCAGACCCCUCAUCCCCAUAGAGAUAUCCGAGAGCGCCGCGGUGGGCACUCGGAUCCCCCUGGACGGGGCCUUCGAUCCGGAUGUGGGGGAGAAUGCCCUCCACACGUACUCGCUCUCGGCCAAUGAGUUCUUCAGUAUUGAGGUCCGGACCAGGACGGACGGGGCCAAGUAUGCAGAACUCAUAGUGGUCCGGGAGCUGGACCGGGAGCUGAAGUCCAGCUAUGAGCUCCAGCUCACGGCCUCCGAUAUGGGGGUGCCUCAGAGGUCCGGCUCGUCCAUCCUAAAAAUCAGCAUCUCGGACUCCAAUGACAACAGCCCCGCGUUUGAGCAGCAGUCUUACAUAAUACAACUCCUAGAGAACUCCCCCGUGGGCACUUUGCUCCUAGAUCUGAAUGCCACCGAUCCAGAUGAGGGCGCCAAUGGGAAAAUUGUGUAUUCCUUCAGCAGUCAUGUGCCUCCCAAAAUUAUAGAGACUUUUAAAAUUGAUUCAGAAAGGGGUCAUCUGACUCUUUUCAAGCAAGUGGAUUAUGAGAUUACCAAAUCCUACGAGAUUGAUGUUCAGGCUCAGGACCUGGGUCCAAAUUCCAUUCCGGCUCAUUGCAAAAUUGUAAUUAAGGUGGUGGAUGUUAAUGACAAUAAGCCGGAGAUCAAUAUCAACCUCAUGCCCCCUGGGAAAGAAGAAAUAUCUUACAUUUUUGAAGGGGAUCCCGUUGAUACGUUUGUUGCACUGGUCAGUGUUCAGGACAAGGACUCUGGGCUAAAUGGAGAAGUAGUUUGCAGGCUUCAUGGACAUGGCCACUUUAAACUUCAGCAGAGUUAUGAAAACAACUAUUUGAUCCUGACCAAUGCCACCCUGGAUAGAGAAAAGAGAUCUGAAUACAGUUUGACUGUGAUUGCUGAGGACAAGGGGACGCCCAGCCUCUCUACCAUAAAACAUUUUACUGUUCAAAUCAGAGAUAUAAAUGACAAUCCACCCCACUUCCAGAGAAGUCGAUAUGAAUUAGCCAUCUCUGAGAAUAACUCGCCAGGGGCAUUUAUCACCACUGUUACCGCCACAGAUCCUGAUCUUGAAGAGAAUGGGCAAGUUACAUAUACUAUUUUGGAGAGUUUUAUCCUGGGAAGCUCCAUAACUACAUAUGUCACCAUUGACCCAUCUAAUGGAGGCAUCUAUGCCCUCAGGAACUUUGACCAUGAAGAAGUGAGUCAGAUAACGUUUGUAGUUGAAGCAAGGGAUGGAGGGAGUCCGAAGCAACUUGUAAGCAAUACUACAGUUGUGCUCACCAUCAUCGAUGAAAAUGACAAUGUCCCCGUGGUCAUAGGGCCCACCCUGCGCAAUAAUACCGCAGAAAUCAACAUCCCCAAAGGGGCCGAAAGUGGCUUUCAUGUCACAAGAAUAAGGGCAAUCGACCGAGAUUCUGGUGUGAAUGCUGAACUCAGCUGCUCCAUAGUAGCAGGCAAUGAGGAGAAUAUCUUUAUAAUUGAUCCACGGUCAUGUGACAUCCAUACUAAUGUGAGCCUGGAGUCUGUCCCCUCCACAGAAUGGGAACUCUCAGUUAUCAUCCAGGACAAAGGCAAUCCUCAGCUGCAUACCAAAGUCCUUCUGAAGUGUAUGAUCCUCAAAUAUGCAGAAUCAGUGACAAGCACAGCAAAGACCCCAGCAAGCCAGGAAUCUUUGGAUGUCUCCAUGAUUAUAAUUAUUUCCUUAGGAGCAAUUUGUGCAGUGUUGUUGGUUAUUAUGGUGCUGUUUGCGACAAGGUGCAACCGAGAAAAGAAAGACACGAGAUCCUACAACUGCAGGGUAGCAGAGUCAACUUACCAGCACCACCCCAAAAGGCCCUCCAGGCAGAUUCACAAAGGGGACAUCACAUUGGUGCCUACCAUCAAUGGCACUCUGCCUAUCAGAUCUCAUCACAGGUCGUCUCCAUCCUCAUCUCCUACCUUAGAGAGAGGGCAAAUGGGCAGCAGGCAGAGUCACAACAGUCACCAGUCCCUCAAUAGUUUGGUGACAAUCUCAUCGAACCACGUGCCAGAAAAUUUCUCAUUAGAGCUCACCCACGCCACUCCGGCUGUUGAGCAGGUCUCCCAGCUUCUUUCAAUGCUUCACCAGGGGCAAUAUCAGCCAAGGCCAAGUUUUCGAGGAAACAAAUAUUCUAGGAGCUAUAGAUAUGCCCUUCAAGACAUGGACAAAUUUAGCUUGAAAGACAGUGGCCGUGGUGACAGUGAAGCAGGAGACAGUGAUUAUGAUUUAGGGCGAGAUUCUCCAAUAGAUAGGCUGCUGGGUGAAGGAUUCAGCGACCUGUUUCUCACAGAUGGAAGAAUCCCAGCAGCCAUGAGGCUGUGCACGGAGGAGUGCAGGGUCCUGGGACACUCUGACCAGUGCUGGAUGCCACCGCUGCCCUCGCCAUCCUCUGACUAUCGGAGCAACAUGUUCAUCCCAGGGGAAGAAUUCCCAGCGCAGCCCCAGCAGCAGCACGCACACCAGGGUCUUGAGGAUGACGCCCAGCCUGCGGAGUCCGGGGAGAAGAAGAAGAGUUUUUCCACCUUCGGGAAGGACUCCCCCAAAGAGGAGGACCCUGGGGACAAAGGCACGUCAUCUCUGCUCUCAGAAAUGAGCAGCGUGUUCCAGCGUCUCUUACCCUCUUCCCUGGACACCUACGCUGAGGCCAGCGAGGUGGAUAGGUCCAACUCUCUGGAACGUCGGAAGGGACCUCUGCCAGCCAAGACCGGGGGCUACCCACAGGGUGUGGCGGCCUGGGCGGCCAGUACGCAUUUCCAGAAUCCCACCACCAGCUCUGGGCCCACCCUGGGGACCCACUCCAGUGUGCAGCCAUCGGCUAAAUGGCUGCCGGCCAUGGAGGAGAUCCCCGAAAACUAUGAAGAAGAUGAUUUUGACAAUGUGCUCAACCACCUCAACGACGGGAAGCACGAACUCAUGGAUGCCAGUGAGCUGGUGGCCGAGAUUAACAAACUGCUUCAGGAUGUCCGCCAGAGCUAGGAGGUGUGGGUCAAGCGUUUUGGUUUCCAGGUACAUGGAAGCAGGGGACGGAGAAAACCCUGAGAGAACUGGCAUUGCCAAAUCGUUGCAUUUAUCAUAAAUGUGUCUGUGUAUAUUGAAUAUUAAAUACUGUAUUUUCGUAUGUACACAAUGCAAGUGUGAUGACUUCAAUCUGUAUUUUAAAAAUACAUUUGUACCUUAUAUUUAUGUGUAAUUUAACAGACAAAUUUUAUUUUUUUACUCCCAUGACAAACAUGUCUUUCCUAGUCACGUAGGAAGUAGCCACUGUUCAAUUACGAUAUACUAUUCAACCAUAAAGUAUAAAGACACUGCUUAGACUAGUUACUUUGGGGAAGAAAUUAUUAUGCCGUAGGAACAACCCCACUAAAGCAUUAUAGAAUUCUUACUUCUAUUAAGGGAUCCAACUUCUUUUUCAAUACUUUUUUAUAAUUAAGCAUCAAUAAAGAUGUUAAACUUUUAUUACUGUUGUUAUUAUUAUUUUUACUGCUCUCUGCUAGUUCUGAUAGUUCAAUUCUCACAGCAAAAUUGAAACAUGAGGUGAAAUGUUAUUUCAGAACUAGGCAGUCUCUUUCACAGUCAAUAAUGAAAAUAGAACCAGAGUCAAUUUUUCCUAACUCCCAGGCCCCUGCUAUUCCAGGAGAUCAUACUGGCCUGUUCUUGAGAAUAUUUCCCCUAAAGUGUUAUUGUCUAUUUAUAAUCAAAGUAAAUGAUGAAUUUCAUUCCAUCCUCAAGAGAUGUGCUCCAAGGAAAUGGACUCUAUCCUUUAAAUGGGUAACCGUAUGUAUGUAUUCUAACAGCAUGAAGUAUUAAUGGACAAAGGCAAUUAUGUCAGUAUCCCUCGUGGGGUAGUAAAUGUAAUUGAUUUAUGCUAAAACUGCUCUAUUUGAAUCUUCCCCUCUCCGUUCACAAUACUUGAACAUUUUUAUCUUUGCAAUGUUGUUGUUGUGUUGUUGUUGUUGUUGUUUUUUUGCUACAGUAUUCACUUUUAGCUUUUGUCUUCAGUGCAUGAUCUUAUAUUUUUGCUUUUAUAUUUAGUAUAAGAAUGUUUAUAAAAUUACAUUUUUGCUAUUGCAAUUCUGUUUUAUUUGUUGUGUGACAAAUGGCAAACUAUUUAUUGUGCUGUUAUCUCUCUGUGUGGAAUGCUUUGGUAAAAGAGAUCGUGAUUAUGAUUGUUCUCAUUUAUGACCAGGUUUCUAUUAGUGUUAUUUCCAUGAAUACACCAUCUUGAUUGUACUCUCCAAAAAAUAUUACUGUCAAUGAAAAUAGAAGAAAAAAAAUAAAGAAAAGCUAAAGAACUGUCCAUAAA